AGUGGGUGGGCGCAGCUCCCUUAUCCUUUACUAUAAAAGUAAUGGAGCGAGUGGUUCACACUUAUCCGAGGAGAUAUGCCGCUGCGGACAGCGAUGAAAGUACACAUGCUUUUCGUCAUGUCCUUCAUGUCCUUUGCCUGGGCCUACCAUGAGACGCCCAAGUACUUGCAUCGUGAUCCCAUCACCUCUGAGAUGCUGCUGUGUGACCAGUGCCCACCGGGCACAGCUGUGGAGCACCACUGCACUUCCAGCAAGCCCACCAUCUGCUCCCCCUGCCCUGAGAGGCGCUUCGCAGAGCAGUGGCACUGGGGAGACAGCUGCCAGCACUGUACUUCAGUCUGCAAGGAGAGACAGCUUGUCCGGAGGGAGUGCAACAGUACACACGAUCGUAUUUGUGAAUGCAUAGCUGGCUACCACCUGGUGGUGGAAUUCUGCGUCCCACACACUGCCUGUCCGCCAGGCUCAGGUGUCUCCGUGCUGGGCACGCCUGACAGUGACACUGUGUGUGAGAAGUGUCCCCAGGGCUUUUUCUCCAGUGUGGACUCAGCCACAGAGCCCUGCCAGCCUCACCGGGGGUGCUCCCAGCUGGGCCUGAAGACCCUAAGGCAGGGUACAGCCACCCAGGAUGCGAUAUGCGAGAGUGAGCACACUUUCGACUGCUCCCGUCAGCUUGCAGAGUGCAACAAUGACAUCACCCUGUGUGAGGAGGUCAUAUUCCAGUUCAUGUCGUCUCCACCACUAGCUUCUGUACCAGUAGAGCGCUUGCUGGAGAGCCUGCCCGGACGUAAGGUGGAAUGGAAGAGUGUGGAACGGCUGAAGAAGAACUGCAGCCCCCACCAGCAGGCCUUGCAUCUGCUGCGUCUAUGGCGGGAGAAGAAUAAAGACCAAGACAAACUGUACAGCAUCAUCCAAGGUGUGAGCCACUGUGAAAGGAAGGUGUCUCGCUGCACUAGCCUGAAGAACGUGACACUGGGAGACCUGCUGGAGCUCAUGGACAGCCUCCCUGGAGAGAAGGUGAGCGAGGAGGCUGUGCAGGCAUUGGCUCUCUCUUGCCCUUCACACCGCUACAUUGUGCAGCUGCUUCACCUGUGGAAGAGCCAGAAUGGUGGUCAGGACCUGGUCAAGGCUCUGUCCCACAGCCUGCGCAAGCUGCGCCCACGUGGAGCCCCACGGCCCCUGCUGCGGUCUCUGAAACGGAUCAUCCGUGUCAUCAGCACCUCGUCCGUGCACCGCGUGUAUGAAAAAAUGAUUGUCAACAUGCUCCAGGACAGUUCAUGCUUCAAAUCCAAACCCUACAAUGACUAAUAUCCUGGAAGCGUAGGAAGGACGGCUGAGGUGAAGAAUUAUUUAAUUGCAGAAAGAGGUGUAUAUAAUUUCACUUUUGGAUAAAAAGUGGGACAGAAGGGGUGAGUGGGGUUCCGUUUUGGUGUUUUCAGUAGAGGCAAUAAGGGACAAAAAUAUUUUUGUGGCCUGCUUUUCUCAUCUCUUGUUGGACUGCUUUUACUAAAGCUCUAAACAAAAGAAUGUCGGAUAUGAAUGUACAGUACAAUGGAGUGCAAUUGUGUUUUAUUUAAGUAAUGGUGUGUUUAAGGUUUAUGUUUAUCCAAAUUUGCUCUAAACAUUUUUCUAUUUAUCAAUUUGUCAGAAAACUGGAAUCUGAAGCUACAUUUCAUAUUUGAAAGCAAAUUUUAUUUGUUUAUUUUAUUUUAUUUUUGUGGCUUUUUUACAUUAACAGUUUUAUUUUAUAUGAAUAGUUUACUUCAUAAUAAGGUGGCAGUGACAAGCAACAUGUUGAACUAGAUGUGCACUGUAAACAUGUGGCUAAAUAUAAAGAUCGUAUUAGUGCCAUACGUAUGUCAAGAUACACAAGGUAAAUAUUUCCACAGCCUAACUUAAAUAUACAGUUCUGUGUCAAAGCUGUCUUCAUGUUUUUUAUAUUGCAUGUUGGGCUGCAUAUUACAUACUAUUUUCUUUAUUCAUAAUGGGAUUAAAUUUCCUCUGAUGCUAUUUUUGCUCACAGUUAAGUUGGGAAUUUGCUCGUAUUUCAGAGAACUGGGGAACUCCCUGACACUCCUCUUUGCAGCCUUUGUCCUGCGUUUCUUUCUUCGCUGUAUGUUUUGAGUGUACUUUUGAAAUCCCUUUGUGUAAAUAUUUAACUAUAUAUUUUUUGCAUUGAAAAUUUUGUAUGAAUCAAUUCUCUGUGUGCACACCUUUCCUGUCUCAAAGGUACAUCAUUUUGAAUGUCACAUGGUGCUAGCCACUGGAAGAAGGAACUUCUUUCUACUUUCGCUUACGUGCUGUUCAAACCAGCAUGUCCUAAUAUGACUGAAAGUGGCUCCAUGUGACUGUUUGAAAAGGGAACAUCCUUCUCACCCGGUCAUAUGCUAGUAGAUGUAGCUCUUUGCUAUCCAUCUGAAACCAGGCUUCCUCGCAUCAUGACCAAGAGUGAUAUUUAGAAAGAGGAAGCUGGUUUGGGAAUUGGGACCGAUGGGUUACUUCCACUGGAAGAGCCAGGAUUAGUGACUGGCUGACUCAUGCUUCGGCUUGUAAAGCAGAAGUGUGAGUGCGCUGACUCACCACCUGUGUAAAAGACUAGUUUCUGUUUUAAGGCGGUUCAAGCAGAGGCUGGGAUUCAAAGUGAGUAAUUCAUGGAAUGAUUUGUUGUUUUAAAUCACAAAAAGCCCACAAGGGUCAGCUGGGAGACAGACUCUGUAGGAGAUCCCCCACGCUGGGUUGACGCAGCACAGACGACCGUUUGCUGUCGGAACAGGGAGGUUUGAAGUUUUUUUGAAGCUCAAAGCUGGUUGUGACUAGAAAUUUUUCUAGUAGUUAAACUACACAAUGUGAGGUGGUUAUCUG